AUGAUGGCAUCGCAAAAAACAGGAACUAGCAAAGAUCGUACAACCAAUUUUAGUAAAGAAGAGACUGUAAAACUGACAUGCCUCCUCAAGGAUUAUUCGAUAAUUACAAGCAAAAGAACUGAUCACGCGAGUAACCAGCAAAAAGAUGCAGCGUGGCGAUCUCUAGCAGAAAAGUUUAAUUCGGACGCUGUUGUUUACAGAAAUGUUAAGCAACUACAACAAAAAUUUAACAAUAUGAAAAAAAUAGCCAGAAAAGAAAUGAGUGCAGAGAAAAAUGGUAGGAAACAAACUGGAGGUGGACCACCACCCCCUAAACCAUCAGAGACAACAGAAUGGUUAAACACCAUUAUGGGCGAGUCAAUUUCUGGCUUACCCGCUAUAUAUGACAGUGAUGCUUUAGUUGAUGGUGACACAACGCUUGAAAUGUCAAACACAGCAGAAUGCACCAUAUCUCUAGAUUUAAUGGAAAACGAAAUGUCCGAUGCAGGUGGUACUGCAAAUACUUCCUUAAAUGAGUGCAACAAUUUGUUAAACACAGAAGUAUUGGAUGAUAUUGAGACAGAUGCAGACUCAAAAAAGGUUGAUAUAACGUUUGACAACUCUACACCAAAGGCUUUGCUCAGGAAACCAAUUUCAAAGCAAUUAUCGAGUCCUCACAACAAAAGAAAGAAAUGUUAUACUCCUUUUGAAGCCAGAAAACGUAUCGUAACUCAUUUUGAAGAGAAAAAAGAGUUUUUAACCGAAAAAAAGAGCAGGGAAGAGCAAAUAAAAAAAUAUGCACAAGAAGAGCACCAGCAAAAUAUUACACAUAAAGCAGAUAAAUAUAAAAGAGAAAUAGAAUUCAUGGAACAAAAGCACGCUUUGAUACAAAUGGAUAAUCGACGAACUGCACAAAUUGAGACAUGGCUGGCUGAAGUUGUUUGCGAAAACGAAACUUAUGAAGAUGAGUCAAGCUCCGACGAAGAAAUUGAUCAUUUAGAAGAGCACGACCAUCAAUCGGAAUCCGAGCAGGAGCAGGAAAUUCUAGACGAGGUAUCAGACGUAAGCUCUGAAGAAGACUCCGACGUGGACAAUACAUUGUGA